AUGAUCCACCUGGGUAAUUCUUCAUCAUCAGGUAGUACUGGUAAACAAGUAUGUAUUUCUCUUCGUGGUCUGUCAUAUGAGGUUUGUGUAGCAGCUACACGAGCAGAAUAUUGGCGACACUUGGUACAAAAUUCAAGUAUUUCAAUUAGAGGUAUUGGUAGUUAUGUACCAGUAAAGUUACAAUCAAUGUGUAACGAUCAAGAUGAACCAAGACUACAACUGAUAAGUAAUUCACAAGCUGAACAAGAUAAUCAACAAAUCGAUGAUAUUUAUAAUCGAAUUCGUUCUGAUUUAACGUUAUUCGAACAGAAUGAUGCACCUUAUCAUAAUCGUGAAGUUACUGUUUUUGGUUCAUUGUUUAAUUCUCUUUUAAUGAAUACAUUUAAUCCUGACCUACAUAUAUUAGGUCCACAAUAUUGUAAUAUCACAACAAUAAAAAAGUCAUUAGCUUGUUCAAUUAUUGUUGAAUCAUUAACUAAUACAACUGUUGAUUCAUCUAUGGCAUAUAGAUAUCGUUUUACAAUAUACCAUGAGAAACGAAUUACUUUGGAUUUUGCGGUUAUGCAAAUUCAAGCACUUGUACACCGAGCACAAGAUAGUUAUUUUAUGAUGUAUAGUAUAAAAAUUGGACGAACGUUGGGUAUUAUAAAACAAAUGGAAACUGGUACAUCAACAUCAAAUCAAGAGGAAUAUUCAUCAUCUACAGCAUAUAAACCUACUUGUAAACGAAAACGUACUGAAGAUGAAGAACAACAGCUAGCAACAAGUCAAUCAAUUUAUGAUUCCGAUCAAAGUGAUGAUGAUGAUGAUGAUGAUGAUGAUGAUGAUGAAAUAAUACCCGACGACAUACGAGAACAACAACGUCAAACAGCUCAACGUCUUCUUAAUCUUAUAUGUGCACGAAUGCAGACUCGUGCACCAAAAGAUACAUUAGAAGAAGCUCAUGAUGGUCCAACAACAAUCAAAUCUUAUUUCUUACGACGAGUUCAACAACAGCAACCACGAAUGAUUCAGAAUUGUACGAAAUCAUCUACAUUAUCUUUGGAUGUGUUACUUAGUAAUUUAAUCAAACAAACUAAUGCAACAGCAGAAAAUACGUCAACAAAUUUGUUUGAUUUAUUUCAACGUUUAAGUGAAUCACUCAGUGAUCUUGUUAAUCAUGGACAUGAAUAUGUGGAACAUAGUAAACAAAAAUUAUCUGAUAUUUCUCGUUCACAAGCAGCUGAACAAGUUCAAAUGGCAUUACAUCGUGGUGUUGACCAUCUUUCUUCAUCAUUUUCUAAAGCACAAUCAACAUAUGCCAGAGAUGGAACCGGUACCGGUUACCGGCCGGUCCGGUCCGGGCCAGUCCGAUCUGGUACUGGUCCGGAUUUUGGAUCGACCGGUCUACCGGUCAAGACCGGUCCAAACUGGUCUACCGAUCCAGAUCGGUCUAAACCGGUCUACCGGUCCAAACCGAUUUACCGGUCCAGACCGGUCUGACUGGUUCAAACCGGUCUAUACUGGUCUAUAUUUUUCACUUUCCUGCUCUAUGAUUGUAUUCAAGAUACGAAGGUAACCCACCAGAGAGUUCACUGCACAAGAAGAUUUCAUUUUAAGCUUCAGCCCGUUGUCUGUAGAUUGAUAUUUAUCGAUCGGUCGGGUUUUCCUGAUAAACUGGCGUAUCAUAAGUAUCCUGUAAUUGACAAUAUGAGGACUACAUUAACUGCAUGUCUCAGUUUAAAUAAUGAUCGAUAUGUUCCGAUUCCAUCACUGGGUUCUUUAAAUACACACGGUAUCAUUUUUCUUAAACAUGGACAAAAAUUUUCUAUAAUUAUCACUAUAAUCCCAUUGAGUAACCAUCCUAACGGAAAGAAUGUCAUUGAUUCGAAUAAUAUCGAGUUUGUUGAUGCAAUAAGAUAAGUCGAUACAGUUAUUUUUAUUCGAUAACGAAGAUUAUGUCGAUUAAUAUAAUUUAUUUUAAGACCUAUUGGUUUUAUCAUGCGCACUCGAUAACCUUGAUUCUUUUUUACUGCAUUAAACAUUUGCUUCAAAUCUGACACAGCAAUAACAGCAAAUAUGCCGACUAAGAAGAGGAGGAAGCGAUAUAUAAAUCGCAUGUGUGUGUAAAUAAAUUUGAGUAAUGUAUAAUAAUAAUCCUGAAACAUUUAGAAAAUUAGUCUAAGUUAAACAAUUCUUUCGACAUACCAUUUCCAUUUUUAUUUCUUUAUGCAGUAACAAACCGAAUGAGGGAGAGGAGAAGAAUUACUGACUAUAUAUUCGUUCAGUUCGAUAUGGAGAGAAAUAAACGGCAUGGAUUGCCUCGAUUGAUAUUAUUUCAUAAAAACACGGCGUGGUUGUAUUAAAUUGUUAUUGAAAAAUAACAAUUUAAUACAACCACGC